CUAGUUAGACGAUAUUUGUAUAGUAAAUAAGGAUUUAACACCCUUGGUUGUGGAGACAAAGACAUGCUUGAAUCCCUAACGACAUAGCGACACACCGAGUCCCAAAAUGGAUGUUGGUUCAAUUAAAUACCUGCAACCACAGGAAAUUGCUUUGGAACAACAUAAUGAAACCCUCCUUAAAGAAAACGCAAAUAGAUGGGUCAUGUUCCCAAUCCACUAUGACGCACUUUGGGCGAUGUACAAAGAGAUAGAGAACAGCUUCUGGGCAGCGGAAGAUUUUCGAUUUGCUAACGAAAGAGAUACAUAUUCUUCGCUGCCUACUGAACUGCGGCAGCUCGUGGUGAAGCUUAUAAGCUACCAUAACCGAUUAGACCGUUCAGAGGUUGCUAGGCCAGCUACUAUUACGUUGGACCUACUGGCGGACACGCAAAUUCCAGAAGCACGUGCGUUCUACGGGUUUCAGGUAUCAUACGAAAACAUCCAUAGUGAACUUUUUGGAAUAAUGUCGUCGGCUAUUCCAGGGACGAUCGAUGUUCCCGAGGCUGAUGCCAAGAUCGAGUGGCUAACGCGUAAUUUAACUUCAACGUCGUGCUUUUAUAUUAAGGUGAUUUUACAGUGUAUAUCAAAAGCUAUUUUUCGCUCUGCAUUUGGCAUAUUGGCAGAUUAUCUGAGGAACUCCAAAAAGUUGCCGACUCUGCUAUCUGCCUUAGACACUGUAGCCAAGGACGUCAGCAUCCAUCUCAAAUUUGCAAUGGCAGCUUUGGAACAUCUUAAGCUACGUCCCACAAGGGAAACCGUGAUGGAACUUUUAAACUCCGCAUACGAUUUGGAAAUGGCAUAUUGCCGUAGUGUGCUGCCCAUGGAUCAUAUGGGAUUGUCUGAAUAUCAUCUUUCACAAUACAUUAAAAACAACGUCAAUCAGUGCCUAUUAAUAACAGGAAACACUGAAGAACACAGAGUUAAGGUGGAACUCGGAUGGCUUAAACCAAGUAUCUUCACCGGGAAUGCAUCAACCCAGGUUAGACAAAUUCAACGCAAGAUACAGCCAGUGGAAGAAAAUAGUGGAGGCUCAAUCAGCUUUAAUGAGGAUUUCUAAGAACCCUGCUUUGUUUUACAAAGGUUACUACAUUAUUACCUCUUGGUAAUAACAAAUAUUGUCUAAACA